CUGAUUUCCCACAAAAGCCCUCAUUUCAUUCGCUUCCACUAAAGUCUAAAACCCCUCUCAUUUCAGUCGCCUCCACUAAAACCCUAGAGAAACCAGCCACUCUCACACCCACUCACCGAACCCAGAGCCAUGUCCGAGGUGGAGCUCUCUCGCUCGGAGAAGAAAAAGAAGAAGCACCGCUCCAAAGAUGAAACCCCCACCCCAAUCGUAUCGGAGCCACUCGCGCCUCUCGGCUCCGAGCCGACCCAGAAGGACUCUGCGGACUUCAUGAUCAAGCCCCAGAGCUUCACUCCCUCCAUUGACACCUCUCAGUGGCCGAUCCUCCUCAAGAACUACGACCGCCUCAACGUGCGAACCGGACACUACACCCCUCUCCCCUCCGGUUACUCCCCUCUCAAGCGCCCUCUCGGGCAGUACGUCAAGUACGGUAUUCUCAACCUCGACAAGCCCGCUAACCCAUCUUCUCACGAGGUCGUCGCCUGGAUCAAACGGAUCCUCAAGGUCGAGAAAACCGGUCACAGCGGUACCCUCGACCCGAAAGUCACUGGGAACCUGAUUGUGUGCAUUGAUCGAGCCACAAGGCUCGUGAAAUCGCAACAGGGUGCUGGGAAAGAGUAUGUCUGUAUUGCUAGGUUGCAUUCUUCUGUGCCCGAUGUGUCGAAGGUGGCUCGGGCGCUGGAAACGCUCACUGGGGCUGUGUUUCAGAGGCCGCCGUUGAUUUCGGCGGUGAAGAGGCAGCUUAGGAUUAGGACUAUAUAUGAAAGUAAGCUUCUUGAGUAUGACGUGGAUAAGCAUUUGGUUGUUUUCUGGAUUUCUUGUGAGGCGGGGACUUAUGUGAGGACGCUGUGUGUGCAUUUGGGUCUGAUUCUUGGGGUUGGAGGGCAUAUGCAGGAGCUGAGGAGGGUGAGGUCGGGGAUUUUGGGUGAGAAAGAUAACAUGGUUACGAUGCACGAUGUGAUGGAUGCGCAAUGGGUUUAUGAUAAUUACAGGGAUGAGACUUAUUUGAGGAGGGUGGUUAUGCCUCUCGAAGUGCUUUUGACGAGUUAUAAGAGGUUGGUUGUGAAGGAUUCGGCUGUGAAUGCUAUUUGUUAUGGUGCUAAGUUGAUGAUUCCAGGGUUGUUGAGGUUUGAGAAUGAUAUCGAGGUUGGGGAGGAGGUUGUGCUAAUGACUACCAAAGGAGAAGCAAUUGCGUUGGGAAUUGCGGAGAUGACGACCGCGGUGAUGGCAACUUGUGAUCAUGGUGUGGUGGCGAGGAUUAAGAGGGUGGUGAUGGACCGGGAUAUGUACCCAAGGAAGUGGGGAUUGGGGCCGAGGGCGUCGAUGAAGAAGAAAUUGAUAGCGGAGGGGAAGCUGGAUAAGCAUGGGAAGCCGAUUGAGAAGACCCCUCAAGAAUGGGGGAGGAAUCUGGUUUUACCAACUGGUGGGGAUUCUGUGGUGGCAAGCCUUGCGGCUGCUACUGAACCGGCUUUGGCAGAGAAGGAAAAGAAGCAUAAGAAUAAGGAUAAUGAAGAUGGGGAGGGGCGGAAGCGAAAGUUGGAUGAAAGCACUGAUAGUCCUGUUCCCGUUCCUUCGAAGAAAGCUAAAGUUGCUGAAGUCCAAGGAGUUGAGAAGGAAGAGAGCGUGAAGGUUAAAAAGGCCAAGGAAGAUGAUGUGGAGGUUGAUGUUGAAAAGAAGGAGAAGAAGAAAAAGAAAAAGAAGGACAAAGAGGAUAGUAAUGUGGAGUCAUUAGGUGAGGAGACGGCUGAGAAGGAGAAGAAGAAGAAGCAUAAAGAUAAGGUUGAAGCUGGUUCACCUGCAGCAGAGAAGUCUGAGAAGAAGAAAAAAAAGAACAAAGAGGCUGAGGACGUUGGUGCUACAUCGCCUUCCAGCAUUGCUAAUGGUGCAGAUAAUGGUGAUGCUGAUACUAGCGACAAGAAGAAGAAGAAGAAGAAAAAGAAGGAUAAAGAUGCAGAGAAGGAAUAGGAAGGAUUAUGAUUUUGGUCUUUAUUUGGCAGAACUCUUGAAUGUAUGCGCAUCUGUUUUUCAUUUCAUCUGCAAUGAGUUUUUAUAGUUUUGUGCAACUUUUUGAUACAUUUCCUGGAACUACUUUUCACAGUAGCCUUUUAUCUUUACCUAAUUUUGUCUUCUUCAUUUGUUAUUA